GGCUUGUUGCCACGGGGGGAAGCGGCGCUGAGGGCAGCAGUAAUUUCUAAUAGUCUCAUCUCUGUGUCCCAUGCAGAAAUUAUUGCCUUGAAAGAAGCCCCCCGCACCCCCCUUUUUCUUUUCUCAUUCCAGAAUGUUACCAGUAGAUAACAGACUUCGAAACUUACAGAUCUACAAACUACUCCAGUGCGUUCACCAGAAUGACAAGAAGCAAAUAGAAAAGUUGAUCCAGAAUGGAAUCCCGAACCUCAUCAAUUUCACCGAGCCUGUGGAUGGACAUAGUGCUCUUUCUUUGGCCUGCACUAAGAACGACAUUGACAUGUGUAAUUUCUUGCUACAACGGGGAGCUCAUCCUGACGUUCAGGACAAGAUGGGACGCACUCCAGCAAUGAAGGCAGCUGAGCUUGGCCAUACCUUGAUUUUGGAGAUACUAGCAACAGUUAAAGCAGAUAUGACUAUUGUUGAUAACGAAGGGAAAGGUAUUUUGUUUUACUGCAUUCUACCUACAAGGCGGCACUUUCAGUGCACUCAAAUUGCCCUGGAUUAUGGUGCAGAUAUUAACAACUGUACUAAUGAUGGGAAGCCUAUAUUUCUGCAAGCCUGUGAGGAAGCUCACAGUAUUAAAGAAAUCUGUCUGAAUUUCUUGGAAAGAGGAGCAAAUCCCAAUGCAAGAGACCCAGCUACAGGCCGAACUGCCGUAAUGGAAGCAGCAAGAGAAGGUGGUCUUGAGGUGGUGCGUGGUAUACUUGAGAGAGGAGGUGACAUCAACCUAUUUGACAAUGAAAGACACAGUGCUGCACAUUUUGCAGCCAAAGGAGGCUUCUUCGAGAUCUUGAGGAUUAUUUCAGCUUAUAAUGGAGACCUGGGACUGAUUGCCAUGAAUGGUAACACACCCCUUCAUUAUGCUGCAGAGGGAGGAUUUGCAAUUUGCUGCAAGUUCAUAGGACAAAGAGGCUGUGAUCCUACAUGGUCCAACUUGUUAUCUAAGACUCCAAGAGCUAUUGCCAAGGAAGGAGGUUUUAAAGCAGCAGCAAAAGAAUUGCUUAAAGUUGAAAAGAACUUUAUAAAGCAGUCCAAGUCUGAAGAUAACGAGGGCAUCCCACUCUGGGCACUGAAGCUAUACGAUUGGUCCUUAGAGCACCAGACUGCCCUCCUCCAGGCAUUUCAGGCUGUUGACCAAGGAGAUGGAACUGUAGCCAAAGAUGAUUUCAUAUCUGUUAUUCAGAAGCAAUGUUCCUUUGUGGACACUGAGCAAAUAGAAACUAUUGCUGAAGCACACGAAAAACCUGACUCUGAAGGAAUAAACCCUGAAGAAUUUUUUAAAGGCUCUAAAUACUUGCAGAAAAGCUAUCUGAUAACAUCCUUUGGACCCAAACAGAAGAAAGGAAAGAAAGGGAAGAAACGAAGAGGCAAGAGAGUUGCUGUACCCGUGCCAAUUUGUAUUAUUCCAAAGAGUGCAUGUCAGCUCAGGGAAGAUGGCUUCCCUGUAUACAUGAUUGAGGCUGUUCAGAGCACUGCUGAUAGCGACCACAUUAACCGAGACCACCCAUCUGCCCAUCCUGUGCACGAUGACCGUGCCUGGUACACAGAUGAACCAAGGAAAAUGUACAUGAAUAUUAACUUCCUGGUCAGAGCAGGAGACAUUAUAUCUCUACAGAAAGCUUUUGAGGAGGGUGUGCCAGUAGACAUAAAAGAUAAGUAUUACAAAACACCUUUGAUGACUGCAUGCACAAGUGGGAAUAUAGAUGUUGUGCGAUAUCUCCUGGAAAAGGGGGCGGAUGUAAAUGCAACAGACAAUUUCAUGUGGACUCCCCUCCAUCAUGCUUGCUAUAAUGGACACCUAGAUAUUGCUGAACUGAUGGUACAGGCUGGAGGAGCAGUAGAUGCACUUGCAAUAGGAAAUGCAACACCGCUAAUGAGAGCCGUAGAGAUCAGUAGAUUGGAUAUGGUACAUUUUUUAAUCGAUGCGGGUGCUGAUGUCCAAGCAACAAACAGUAAUGGAAAAAAUGCACUUGAUAUUGCUAAGGUAUUUGCAGAUUCCAGAAUAAUUGACCUGCUUCAAAAUAAAUUGGACAAUUUACCAAUAGUGCCAGAGAAAAAAGGAGCAGAGAAAGGAAAGGCUGCAAAGUCUACACCAACAGCUGAAGAAGUACAAACUGCAAAAAAAGAGCCAUCACUUGCAUCUCUGCCACCUGUAGAAAAACCCCACACUGAGAAAUCAGCGCAGGACAGCGUUGUUUAUCUGAAUUCUCUGAUAAGCAGUGGUGCUACUAAGAAAGAAGACGUUGCAUUCAAACCCAGAAAAAUUUGGACCCCUGAUGCUGCAACAAAGGAGCUAGUAAGAAAGAUAGAAUUCUUCUGGGAGCGCUCUGCUCUUAGUGGAGACUCAGAAAAUCCUGACAACCUCUUUAAGAGGAAAGAUACAGAAUAAGCACAUCAGCUGGAAGAAGCUACUUCAACACAUACAUGAGAGGACAAAGAUAAAGAGGGCUACUCUUUCGUAAGAAAGGGAUCAGGUGGUACUUAGUAUAUUUAUCUCAGUUACAGUAAAUAUAUAUACAGUAGUUUUUCCUCUGUAUGUGUUGUUGCUUACACCACACAAUCUUUAGUUAAGAAUUUAGUAUUGAAAAAGAUUCAUCCUUGCAAUUGGAAGCAUCUUAGCUGGGUCAGUUACUUUAUGGAAAAGCCAUUAUUGUGAAACACAUACCUUUUUCAUUUGUAAAGAUAUGGUUUUACCAGGUUGUUUUUCAUCCCAAGAUAAAAAUCCGUCAUAGAAGAUACAGUUUGUUACAAUUGCUACUGUUGAGCAUAUUGCUUCCAUGUUCUACCUCAUAUACUUGCAGGAGUGCACAAACCUUCUACCUCACUCACUGAAGAUGUAUUCCUCAGCUGCACUGUUGCAAAGCUGUUAUCAGUAGGUUUGGAUAUUUUUAGCAAACUGGCCUAAACUUUGAAAAACAUUCAGAAAUUUUGUGAAUGCAAGUUCUUGUACUAAGAGCUACACCCAUAACUAAUCCACAUCAGUGCUUGCCUUCUCAAACAAAUGAAGUCAACAGAUGAUGUCCUGCCAUUACAGUGAGUUAUAUAGCGAGGGAGAAAUUGGUGUCUUAGAAACAAGCUGACCAGGCUACCAUAAUGUAGUAGAGGUAGAGUAGAAGAGGUACUGAAAGCUCAUUAUAGGAAGCAUAUAAUAUUAAGAUUUGUAUCUCAGGACCAAGAUGAAUCUGCUGAGAGAUGCAGCAUUUCUUGAGUACAUCUGCAGAACAGUUGAGAGCACAGAAGCAAGCUUGAUUUGGUGCUUCACAAAGGCAAUAGCAGAUGAUAAGCCUUGGGUAGGCAGAGGCUGAAAAUACUGGGAACGUUUAGCUUAGCAAAGAAGCAGGAGUAAAUGCCAUGAAAGACUUGAAAGAAGCAAAGAACAUGAAGAAGCAAAGUAAAACCUGACUGUCCUUUUGUAGAGUACAAGAACAUUCAGAAUAUUGAAAAAAAAUCAAAGAUGGGAGAGCAGCACAUUAAAUAAGACCAUACAGUGUGUAAAUAUCCUGUGGAACCCCUCCGCCCAAUUAUCCUUAGAAGCUUGAAAAAAAAUAUUUACAUAGAUUGUGAGUCCAGUUAAAUAAUGCAUAAGAAAUAAAAUCCCAUGUGUUCCAGGACCUCGGCUCAUUAUACAAGAAGUUUUCUAGCAGCGGAGUUCACUCCAUUAUCAUACAAUGCAAUGGUAUUUAUAUCCCUUAAGAGGGAGCCAUCUGGGUCCAGAACACAGCUGAUCUGGAAAAUUACUAUUACUCUUAUUUUUAAAACUGUAAAUCUUAAACUCUAUAAUCUGAGCUUCAAAAUAAAUUAUUUCCUUCUGAUUUGUCACUAACUGCAAUAAAGACCAAUUUUUGCCAUUGUU